GAUCAGAUGUUCCUGUGACACAGUCCUCCAUACUGAACGCUGCUGCUGCCCGCUCGUCACUGGCUGAGCUGAACGAGCGGCUCCAGGUCCGUGGGAGAGCGCACCUUUAUGACUUAGUUUAUAAUGACGACGCUCUCUCUAAUGAGCAUGAAGUUCACCGUGGACUAUAUUUUGGGAGACAUCAACAACGGAUUGACUUUGGUCCUUUAAUUAAACCGCAAUAUAGCCUACCAGCAGGGAAGAGGGGUGGAAUAGCAGACCCGUCGGGGCUCCAUUCUUCCUCGUCAUGUCGUCCCCAUGCCUGGGAUAACUUCCCCCUGGUCUACUGGCGCUGUCUCUCUCACUUCGGCUUGGAGGCUCAAAGGAAACCGCACCCGAUAUUUGGACUGCAUGCAUCAAGACCCAGAAAUUACAUUACUGGUGAGACUGGGGCCAAGAAGAGCGCCUGCUAUUUGUGGAGGAUGGCGGUGGGAGCGGAACAGGGCCGCUUGGGGGAGAAUGGAAGAUCUAACGCCCCGAGUAGAGACGCAGGCUCGUCCCCUUGCUCCAGCCUUAAGAUGUUUCUGGGGGCCUUGUCCUUCGCCUACUUCUCCAAGUCUCUGUCGGGGAGCUACAUGAAGAGCACAAUAACCCAGUUGGAGAGACGCUUCGACAUACCCAGCUACCUGAUCGGCGUCAUCGACGGGAGCUUUGAGGUCGGGAACCUGUUGGUGAUUGCGUUUGUCAGCUACUUUGGAGCAAAGCUCCACCGGCCAAAGAUCAUCGCCAUUGGCUGUCUGCUGAUGUCUAUUGGCACCUUCAUCAUUGCCCUGCCUCACUUCAUCAUCGGCCGCUAUGAGUUUGAAACGUCGGUGCGCUGGGAGAUCAACUCCACCGACAGCCCGGCACCCUGCCCAAAAGAUUCAGCCGCCAUCGUGGCCCAAGGCAGCAUCCUGCCCGGCGUGCCCAACACAAAAUGUGAAGGAGAAUCCAACAUGUCCAUGUGGAUCUACGUGCUGCUGGGAAACGUUCUGCGAGGGAUAGGAGAGACUCCUGUCCAGCCUCUAGGGAUCUCUUACAUAGACGACUUUGCCAGCCAGGAGAACGCUGCUCUGUAUGUCGGCUGUGUGCAAACCAUCUCCGUCGUGGGCCCCGUGUUUGGUUACCUGUUGGGGUCCAUGUGCGCCAAAAUCUAUGUGGACAUUGGAUUUGUAAACAUGGAGACCAUCUCCAUCGGGCCCUCAGACUCCCGCUGGGUGGGGGCCUGGUGGCUGGGCUACCUCAUAGCCGGGGCUCUGACCCUGCUGUCGGCCAUCCCCUUCUGGUUCCUGCCCCGCUCCCUGCCCGUCGGGCAGAGGGGCGCCGCGCGCUGCACCCCGGAGCAGACCAGCUUCAUCAAAGACUCCCCUCUGCUGGAGAACAAGUACCCCGCAGACGAGCCCACGGGGUUCCUGGAGAUGGCCAGAGAUUUCAUCCCGACCCUGCGGAUCUUGCUGGGAAACCCCAUUUACCUGAUCUACCUGUGUGUUACCAUCAUCCAGCUCAACUCCCUCAUCGGCAUGGUGACCUACAAGCCCAAGUACAUCGAGCAGCACUUCGGGCAGUCAGCCUCCAAGGCCAACUUCCUCAUGGGCGUGGUCAACAUCCCGGCGGUGGCACUGGGCAUGUUCUCCGGGGGGCUGUGCAUGAAGAAGCUGAAGCUGAGCCUGAUGGGCGCGGCCAAGUUUGCCUUCGGCACCUCUCUGAUUGGCUACUUCCUCUCUUUGUUCUUCUUCGCCAUGAGCUGCGAGAACGCCAAGGUGGCCGGGGUGACGGUGCCGUACGACGGGAUGGACGUGCUGCUCUUCGAUAAGCCCUCAGCGUUCACAGCGUGCAACUCAGACUGCGUGUGUUCGCCCAACGACUGGGACCCGGUGUGUGGGGAGGACGGCAUCACGUAUGUGUCCCCCUGUCUGGCCGGCUGCACCCGCUCCGAUGGCUCUGGGAGCAACACUGUCUUCGCUCAGUGUAGCUGCGUUGGUUCUGCUGGUAACCUAACAGCCAGGACGGGCCAGUGCCUCGACAGAGAGGACUGUGACCGGAUGUUCCCGUACUUCCUGGCUCUGUCCGUCAUCACCUCCUUCAUCAUAUCUCUGGGUGGGACCCCCGGUUACAUGCUGCUCAUAAGGUGCAUUGAACCACAGCUCAAGUCUUUAGCCUUGGGUUUCCAUGCCCUGGCCACAAGAACCCUAGCCGGCAUCCCAGCCCCCAUCUACUUCGGGGCCAUCAUUGACACGACGUGUCUGAAGUGGGGUCAGAAGAGGUGUGGUGGAAUUGGGGCCUGCAGGAUCUACAACACUGCUGCCUACAGGACGGCCUACCUGGGCCUGACGCUGAGCCUGCGCUCCGCCUCCUUCCUGGUGUGCAUCCCGGGGUUCCUCCUGCUCCGGCAGCAGGUGAGGAGGGAGCAGAGGAACGCCGUCCGGGGGGCGCUGGCCAACGGUGGGGCGGAGAUGGAGGUGCUGGGGAAGGACGAGACGGCAGACCGUGAGGCGGCGGUGGUCCCUGAGACGAAGUCGGUCCGUGAGCCGGUGGUCCGUGACACGGAGGGGUCGCAGCCAACGGCCGAGCACCACAGCAGGGACCGGGAGACGCGUCUGUGACGUCUCACUCCAUACUGACGCCACUUAUGCAUACUCUACCUAUCACUCUCUUUCCCUCCCUCUGUUCCUCUGACACACACACACACACACACACACACACACACACACACACACACACACACACACACACACACACACACACACACACACACACACAUAGAGAUACAGACACAGACGCACGCGCACACAUGCACGCACACAUGUGUACAUAUACAACUGUUAUCAUACAAAAACAACGUGCAGGGAAUCCCAGUCUGUGACUGAUCAUCUCCUAAGAACAGACUACUACAGGGGCCACCUCAUGGAUCGCUGCACCUACAGUUGGUUUUGAGAAACCGAGGGUUAUAUUUAUGUUUUUUUUAUAAGGCUCAAGUAUAUGUCAAUGGCGUUCUUGUUGGGUUUAUUUUUCUCUUUAUAACUGAAAUGUAUUACCAUUUCCCAAUCAUAGAUACGAGAGAAGAGAUUUGAUUGGUUUACUGGUCGAAACCAUUUUUGCUCUGAACACCAGCACUUUUUUGUUUUCCGUGUUUGUAUGUUUUCUUCCUAUGGCCCUUGUCCCUCGAGACAAGACAACCGACAAAAGGUGCAACUUUUUGUUUUAAAUGUAUUUAAACUAAAAGUCUGAUAGUGAGCAGGGCUGACUAAAUGGUUACAGGGAGAAAAUAGGCAAAGGGUGAAGAUUUAACUUAUUGUUAAGAUAUGUGUGUAAUUUAACAUGUCUUGCAAUAACUUAGCCAAUAAUAGCCGGUUGUUGUCUGGAGAAUUGUGCCUCAAGUCCUAAACUGUUAACUCUAAAUAAAUUUGUAAUUUGUUAGGUCAAAGUAUUUUUGUUGAUGUUAAAUGUCUAUAUUAUUGACAGGAGUAGCGUUUCACUUUAGGUUUUAUAACAUUACAUUUAACAGAAGGACUGUGACUGUGUUUUUCUACAAUUGUAUGAAACUGUGUUUCAUUUUUCUGAAAUAAGACUUUACUCUCAAAACUAUGACGACCUUCAAGAAAAAAUUUGAUGUGCCCUUUUGAUUAUGAUAAUGUGUCCUGUUAUUUAUACUAAGCAGUCUAACAAGAACAUAUUUUAGAGAAUAAUGGUUUUGUAAAAGGUAAACACUACAACGGACAUGGACAGAAUCAUACAAAACUAAUUACAAAUUGCAGUCCAGCAAUUUUGGACCAUGCCACUGUGUAAAAGCCCUUGAAGAUCUGCUUAGGCUGAAGUUGCUCCAAAAAAAAGCAAGGAAAAUAAUAAAUGUAUCAGGGUUUUGUAAAAAUAUUUUCAUGUGAAACAGAUAUUUUUGUUUAGAUGGAUACAUGGUCUUGCGUGGCGUAGUUAUAUUUAUGUUAUGUGUAAUGGCCAUGGAGAGCAGAAUUUUUUUUUUGUUUCUGUUUAUUUUCAUGACAAUGAUUGAAUUAGUGUACUUGCACAAUGGUUGUUGGGGAAUCAGGCAUAGAGCGCAGUGAGUGUGAAAAGUAUUGCCGAACCAAGUGUGCUUUUCACAAAACGAAAUGUAAACUUACCUUCCACUCAACCAUAUCCAUUUUCCAGUCAGUGCUCACACAUUUUCAUAUCUUAAGCCAUGUUGUGUUAUAUGUCUGUAUAUGUUAACAAGGAUGGUCACAUUUUCUUGUU